UUUAUACCAUCCAACCAAUUUAUUUUAGAUAUUGUAGAAAGAGAGGAAAAAAAAAAAGUCCUAUAAACGAAAAUGGCCCAGAGAAUUCGGGCAGUUUUGGUGCCUAUUUUUGCAUUUGUUCUUGGUAUACUAGCUGUUGUUUUCAGCUUUCUUGCUUAUGCCAAAAGAAUUAAGGCAGAUGAUGUAGGUCCGAAAGUAAAUGGGGCAUGCGUAUAUCCAAACACAGGAGCAUGUGCACUUGGUAUAACUGCUGCUGCACUUCUUUUGGCUGAACAAACUCUAAUUAGUGCUGCUAUCAGCUGCUUUUGCUGUUGUGGUUUACGCAUUUCUUCUACUUGUUCUGCUAUUACUUCUCUUAUUCUCUUUGUCAUUUCCUGGGUAACAUUUGUGAUAGCAUUUUUGGGAUUACUAUACACAGCCAUCCACAAUAACAUAAGUUAUCUAGCAAAAAUUCAAUCUGAAGACAAUAAUCACAUUUGCAAAGUUGGUAAAGAAGAUUUGUUCCUUGGUGCUGCACUUUGGUGUGUAAUUACCAUUGUUUUAGGACUAAUCUCUUACGCUUUCUGGGUGUGUGGCGCUGCUAAUAACACGAACAAUAAUUACGCUAGCUCGGCUAAUUAUAAGCAGGGUGUUGCAAUGGGACGACCUCAUACACAGCUAUCAAAGGAACAAUAUUGAUUUUGUGAUAUUGCUUGGUUACAUGUAUACUAUAUAUAAAAAUGAUGUAUUGUUAUUAAUUGAUUUGAGAUUAAGCAUUGCAAGAAAAAAAAAAUUGGUUGAUUCAUUUUGGAAUUAAAGUUUGAUGUGAUCUUUGAAGAUUGUCUUUGGAAUUAUCAAGAAAAAAAAUGGUUAAUUCAUUUCAAAAGUAUACAUUGUAGUGUAAGUCUUAGAAGAUUUGUGCGUUGUUACGCGUACAUAGUUAUAUAGAUGUUAUUUUGAUAAA